AUGGAGGAGGACCGGGAUUCGGAGGACGAGCGCGAGGCGCGGCGGCGGCGGCGGAAGGAAAAGAAGUUGAAGCGCAAGGAGGCGCUGCUGGCCAAGCGCGAGCAGCCGCCGACGGUCGACGAGCUGCACGACACCACGACCGCCGCCCUGGCGGCGGUGCGCGAGCGCCUGACGCUCCUCGAGGAGAGCGUCCUCGACGACUCGGAGGACGACGACGAGAAGGCGGUGUGCCUCGAGGCGAGCGCCGAGGUGAGCUUCAAGCCCAUCGACAAGCUCUACGAGAUCGCCAACGACUCCUUCUACUUCCGCGUGUCCGCGCGGAUCAUGCACGAGCCGCUCCGGCUGAAGAGCUUCGUCUACUGGCUCUUGACCCUGCUGUGCAUGUACCUCCAGAUCCUCUGCCUGACGACGGUCUGGUUCAGCACGUGGUGGCAGUACGCGAACUCGGUCUGCUGCGCGGCGCGCGCCGCCGUCGUCGCCAAGAUCUUCAUGUGCUGGACGAUUUUCUUGAUGCGCGUCACGAACGUCUGGUAUUAUCUCGACAUCGCGUCGCAGCUGCUGGGCGAUUCCGACGGGCCCAUCAACCUCCUGCUGAACGCCGUCGCGCUCCAGUUCAUCCUCGAGCUCGACGGCCAGGUGCUCAUCGACAUCCCCUCGGAGAACUCGUUCUGCUGGGCGAAGGACGAGGCCCGCAUCGCCGCGUACAUCGGGGCGCUCAAGGACGCGCGGCUCCGGCUCCGGCGCUGCGUCAAGAACUACCACGAGACGGGGCCCCUCGGCACGUUCUGCGCGGCGGCCGUGUCGUGGAUCAACGCCGUCGGCACGGCCUUUUGCAUCUUCUUCAUCGGGCUGAAGCUCCAGUCGUACACGAACGAGGGCCGCUUCUCGACGGUCGACGACACGUGGCCCAUCGGCGAGGACGGCGCGCACCAGACGAAGCUGACGCUGUUCUACAACUGGAGCAUGUACGCGAUACUCGGAUUGCUCCUGCUCGACAUGCACGCGUGCCUCCUCGCGGCCGACGCGGACUCCGCGACGGCGGCCGCGAAGCUCGCGCACGUCGUCGGCUUCGUCGUCGAGGUCAUGAUCCUGGUGAGCGUCCGCGUCGCCGGCAUUCAGUUCGUCGUCCAGGAGCUCUUCUUCUACGGCAUCAGCGCGGAUAACAAGUACGUGGCGCCGCUCCGCUUCUGGAACGACGUCGACCCCCGCCCCAACCGGCCGGAGGCGGGGGACUACUCCUACUACGGCGCCGACGGAGCCGACGCCGCGGCGGACUACUACGGCGCCGUCUUGGGCACCCAGCUCAAGACCGGCGGCGUCAAGGUCGUGGCGCCCGCGCCGGAGGCCCGCGAGGUCAUCGUCGACCCCGCGGGGUUGCCCUACGUGUCCGGCCAGCGGCCGCCGGGCGCCGCGGGCGCCGCGUCCGCGAGCAUCUACAAGUUCCUGGGCCUCGCCGCGGCGCCCGCGUUCCCCGACGCCGUCGUCGCGGCGAUCGCGCGGGCCGGCGACGCCAAGCUCCACGCCUACGGCGAGCGGAAGUGCGUCCACGUCGUCGGCCCGGACUUUCGAGAGCUGCGCGUCGACGCGGCGGGCGCGCGAACGACGCUCGCCGGCGCCUACGCGAACGUCUUGCGGGAGGUCGCGGACGCGGGCGCGGCCGUCGCGCGGCUCCUGCCCGUCAGCGGCGGCGUCUUCAGCGGGCACUGGGCCCUGGACAUGCACCACCUGACGUUCGCGGCGCUCGCGCUCGCGUACGACGGCCUCGACGCGGCGACGCGGGCGAAGCUCGACGGCGUCGACGUCCUCAUGUGCAUCUUCGCCCGGGCCAUCGCCUUAGACGCCGCGGAAACCGGCGGCGCCGCGGACCCGACGCCCGUGCCGCGCGGCCGGCCCGCGGCGCGGACGCCGCCGCGCGCGCGGACGCCGCCCGCGGCGCGCGCGCCGCCGGACGCGCGGCCGACGCCGCCGAAGACGCCGCAGAAGACGCCCAAGGCCAAGUCGCCGCGGCCGUCGCCGCGGCCCGCGGCGGCCCCGCGCGGGCCGUCGCCCGUGCCCGCGGCGGCCGCGGUGCCCGCGGCGGCCGCCGCCGCGCGCUUCGCGGUCGGCGACCGCGUCGACGCGGACUUCAACGAGGAGGGCGAGUACUACCCGGGCACG